AUGAACGACGACCGUACGAGUGGACCCCGAACUAAGCUCCAAAAUGAACCCGAGUGGACGCAAACGCACCAUCAAAGUGAGAGUGAGCAGUCCGGCGAGGCUCCCUUUUGCUUCGGGGACGACCUGGAGCUAAACCGGUUCGACGGUUUACCUUUCUCGUCACGGUACUACAAGCUACUGUCACAGAGGAGGACUCUGCCAGUGUGGACGCUCCGGCGACGUUUUGACGACGCGUUUGCUCACGCGCAGCUGUUGCUGGUGUGCGCGCACGCCGACGCUGGCAGGAGUACACAGAUCCCUCAGUGGUGUGCAGAGUUGUGCCUUUCCACCAAUUUCCGCCACGGCACGGUGGUUUGCACACAGGCCGGUCGACGACAAGCCGUGGACUUGGCCUUGUGCGCGGCCGACGAAAUGGACGUGAACAUUAGCCACGAGGUGGGCUACAGCAUCGACCGGGAGACGUGCUGCUGUUCCGACACGAUUCUCAGAUACUGUACCGACGACAUCUUACUCAGAGAGAUGAUGUCCGACCCUUUCCUGGAACACUAUGGUGUAAUCAUCAUUGACCAGGCCAACCAGAGGACUGUGAGCACUGACCUCCUUCUGGGCCUCCUGAAGGAGGUCCUGGUGCACAGGCCGGAGCUCCGGGUGGUGGUCCUUACCGCCCCGCCCCUGACAGACAAGCUUCGGAGUAAGUUUAACGGAGCCCCGAUCAUCAACCUGGAGUCGCCUUCGUUGGGUUUUCCAGAGGUAGUGCACAUUGCAGGCGGCAAAGACUACUUCUACUCCGCCCUAAGGCUGGUUUUGGAGAUCCACCGUACUAAGGAGGAUGGAGAUGUCGUCGUGUUUUUGGCAUCGGAAGAGGAGGUGCAAUGCGCCUACAGUAUUCUCCAGAAAGAAGGAACCAGACUUGGCGCACACCUUGGCCAGAUGAUGCCAGUAGUCUUAGGUUCUGACCGGGGAGGACCCUUGGACAAGGAAAACUGCAGGAAAUCCCGUCGAGUUUUUCUCGCAACCCAAGAUGGGGAAGACCCGUGGUGGACAAUGGAGUCUGUCAACUUUGUUGUCGACUGCGGAGUCCAGAAGAAAAUGGUGUACAAUCCGAGAAUAAGAGCUAAUUCUGAGGUGCUGCAGUCUAUCAGUCGGUGCCAAGCUGAACUACGCAGAAGGUUAUGCGGACCAAAAGGUAAAUGUUUCUGUUUAUACGCUGAGGACAGUCAACUUCCUGCACAGAGAUCACCACAGAUCCUGGAGUCUAGCAUCACUGCAACCGUCCUCUUCCUGAAGAGGAUGGAGAUCGGUGGUUUGGGCCAGUGCGAGUUCAUCGACCGACCUGAUCCUGAGGGUCUCAUGCAGGCUCUGGAGGAACUAGAUUACCUUGCCGCUUUGGACGACGCUGGCAACCUCUCAGAGAUCGGCGUCAUCAUGUCUGAAAUCCUUCUGGAGCCUCAGCUAGCUAAAGCGCUGCUAGCCUCCUGCGAGUUCGACUGUGUCAGCGAGAUGCUGACCCUCGCAGCUAUGCUUUCAGCUCCUAACUGCUUCCUGGAGCCUCCGUCCGGAAUGAGCCAUGAGGUCUCGCAGUGUCACAGGAAAUUCCAGCACCAUGAAGGGGACCACUUUACCCUCAUUAACAUCUACAACGCCUUCAGGAGAAGCCAAAAGGAUCAGCAUAAGUGGUGCUGCGACAAUUUCCUGGACCAGUCAGCUCUCAAGACAGCCGAGAGCAUUAGGGCGGAAUUGACCGACACUCUAAAUCGAAUUGAGCUGCCUAUCUCGGAACCGUCGUUCGGGACUAAGCGCAACGCGGCCAAUCUGAAGCGAGCCCUGUUGGCAGGCUUUUUCAUGCAGAUUGCUCGGGACGUGGACGGCUCGGGAAACUACCUGAUACUUUCGCACAAGCACGUCGCACAUGUACAUCCUUUAUCCGGUUAUGGACCGUGCUCAGACAAGCUGGGGCUGCCCGAGUGGGUGCUGUUCCACGAGUAUAAACUGGCGGAAAACAACUGCAUGAGGAUUGUCACUGAGAUUUCCCCGCUAGUUUUCGUUCAAACAACUCCGCUCUACUACUUCUACAACCUGCCCCGGAGUGAGAGCAAGGACAUCUUGCAGUCCAUUCUGGAGCCACAAUGCAACGACACUCAUAAGGACGACAGACACAAAGCUAGCAAUAAUGCAGAUGAUAGCAGCAGCAGCAGUGUACCACCUAAUGAUCGCUGUGCUAUCCAAUGA